AUGACGGAUACACAACCAAGGAAAAUACGUAAAGUGUCUACUCAAGAGCAAAUUGAAGAUUAUGAAAAACUUCGUCAAAGAAUCAAAAAUCAUUUCAAAGAUGCCCUUAAAGGUAAAGGAUCAUCUAUGCUGUUGCAUUAUAUUGAUGAAAUAACCGAAUUAUAUAAAAGAGUUCAAUCACAAAAAGUUAAAGAUACAAGAGUUCAUUUAGAAGAUUCUGAAGUUUUCAAAGAAGCAUCGGAUUUUGCUGCCUUGAAUGCACGUAAUAUAGUUUUCGAUGAUUCAGGGAUCGCUCUUGAUGAUAAAGAAUUUUUCAAAUGUUUAAGAAGAUUUGCUGUUACUGAUCCUAGUCUUUUAAGUCGUAAUGAUAUAGGAGAUAAUGAUGGCAAUAAUAGUAACGAUGAGGAUGACGUAGAGGAUGAUGAUCUGGAUGAAGAAGAAGAAGCUAUUGCUGAUGAAUACACAUUCAAUAAAACAAAUUGGUUAAAACUUGGGAUUCUUUAUCAUCAAGUUAGUAAAAAAUCCAUACUGGUAGAUUUUUUGAAUGGACCCUUAAAAGCAGAAAAGAGGAAAAUAGUUCGAGCAAGAAAUGUUGAUGAUACUAAAGGUAGCGGGAUGGCGAAAACUGCUCGACAAGUUCAAGCUAGUGAUAUUUCUGGUAAUCAAGAACAAAAUACUGCCAAUAUGGUUAAAUCAGUUUAUCAAACAUAUAUUGAAAAAUAUGAUGGUAAUGGUGUUAAUUUAUUUAAAUUUUUUAUAAACCCUAGAUCAUUUGGUCAAAGUGUGGAGAAUUUAUUUUACACCAGUUUCCUCGUUAAAGAUGGUCGAUUGAAAUUAUAUGUGAAUAAUGACGGGAUGCCUUGUAUUCAAAGAGUGAGUAGUGAUGAAAUCAGAGAGGCUCAAUUGGAAAGCAAUAAAAUUUUUGCUAGUCAUCAUAUUGCUAGUUUUAAUUACAAAGCAUGGAAGAAAUAUACUCAAUUAUAUAACAUAAGAGAAGCAUUUUUGGGACAUCGUGAUGAACCUGAAGACCAAAUGCCACCUGAAGAUAUAAUUGAUUAUAAUGACGAGGAACCUAUACCGUCAUCUCAAAGAAGGGAUCUGAAUUCAUCGGAUUAA